AUGGAUGAUGAAGUUGACUACAUGUCUGAUGCCAUUUUGAAUGAAAUAGAAGAUGUAAAACCGGGAUUAUUUAUAUCACGAGAUGCCCAACGACAGCGUACAGUGGAGGCGAAUCGACGGAAAAACAAAUGUCUUUCCAAGUCGGAAAGGGAAAUCCAUCACCUCAAGGAAGGUUUAAAGAAAAAGGUUGGGCCUGAAAAUAAAGGUUUCAGUCUACUUUCAAAAAUGGGAUACGUUCCGGGUAAAGGUUUGGGAAAAAAUGCUACUGGGAUAGCUGAUCCUGUUUCUAUUGAAAUCCCUCAGGGUCGUGAAGGCCUCGGUUUCGCGUCUGAAAAAAACGAACGUAUGAUAUUUAGGGAAAACCUCAAACGAAAAAUACAAAUGGCUUACAAAGAUGAAUUCCGAAGCACUAUGGCCGUGAGAUUUCGACAGAACCGUUUGAACCGACAACUGGAUGUUGCCCGUCGGAUAUGUCAGGAUCUGGAUUUAAAAGAACUUAUUGAAACUCCAGUUCACGAAUCAUUCUGGCCACCUAUUGAUCUUGUUCCAACUGAGGUCGCUGAUAAUGGUAAAUAUGGAUCAGUCACUUCGAAUGGUUUUAAGUCUGUUAAAGACAGAAUUCCUGUAAGUAAUGUAUUGCCUCAGGAAGAUUAUGUGAACGAAGAUUUUGCAGAUAAUGAUUUAGCCAAACUGGACUCGAAACAUGCGAAUUGUGACUACACUUCUGUCCAAAGAAAUUUCAUACAACUUUUGAAUUAUUUACGAAGUCGACAUAAUUAUUGCUUUUGGUGUAGCCUGCAGUACCAAAAUCAAUCUGAACUUUUAGAACAAUGCCCUGGAGAGGAUGAAGACCAACACGAUUAA